AGACACCUAGGAAGGUCACAACUCCAGUGCCAACCACCCCUUGCUAUGAGGAAUCUGAGGUAUGUGCAUGGACACUAUGGUUGAACUGUGAUUAUCCUACUCCAAUGAAAAGUGGUGACACAGAGUCUAUCCAGAAUCUCUAUGCCAGUGGGUUCAACUUCCUUCAGAAGGGAAGGAAGAUCCACCGUGUGGAGUGCAGGACUGCCAAUGGCCACAUGGACUACAGGAAAACUGGCCAGAAUGUUAAGGCAACAGUGGAUGAAGGUUGUAUCUGCAAGCACAGUCCCAACAGGAUGGCAGGAGCUUACUGCUAUGACUACGAAGUCCGAUUCCUCUGCUGUGCUGCCAAUGUGCCCAUCUGCACUGCUACAACAACCACUGUGACGCCUCCCCAGACUACUGUGCCAGAGAAGACAGUACCUGAAACAACAGUUCCAGAGAAGACUAUCCCAGAGACUACCCCAGUGGUACCUCCCCAGAGACCACAGAGACAACAACUGUUACUGUGACCAUGAGGAAGGGAACCACUCCAGCAACAACCACCACAACCACAUACGUUCCUCCAUGUUGUCCUGGUGUUACGGACUUGUCCAAGUGCCCUGUGUGCGCUGAGGGUGAGGUGUGUGAUGGAACCCGCUGCAUGGACAUCAGUGAAUGCCCAUGCAAAGAUGGAGAUGUCAUGAAAAAGGCUUCGUCAGUGUGGAAGGAAGACAGUGGCUGCACUACAUGUAUGUGUCUGAAUGGUGAAGUGGACUGUGUAAAGACAACAUGUCCUGAACUGUCUUGCAAUGAAGGAGAAGAGGCAAUCAAGGCUGAGGGCGAAUGCUGUCCAUCAUGCAAGGCAACCACCUGUUCACCAACGGAGGUUACAUGCCCAGCUGACGGAAAGUGCAUACCACAGAAGUGGUGGUGCGAUGGAACUCCAGACUGUAGCAAGGGUGAAGAUGAGAAGGACUGCAUAGAGACAACACCACCUCCAACGACAACUAUGGUCCGCACUACUCGGCCAACUGUUGUAACAACAACACCAGCUGAGCGUGCCUGUUGGUACAACAACCAGCGUUACUCCCCUGGUGACGAGAGGUCAUGUGGUGUUGGUGACUGUGAGAAGUGUGUGUGCUCAGAAGACUACACAUGGGAUUGUAACAAGGAGCUUUGCAAGAGCGCUACCUGUGUAAACCUGAAUGAGGGCUUCGAGACAUUUGAUGGUUGUACCUACAACUACGAAGUGUGCAGCCACUUCCUGGCAAAGGACUGUGCUGAGGGAAGCUUUGAAGUUCGCGUAAACCGCCAGUGUGAACCAAGUGGUGAUAAGCAAUCCUGUCGCCGUUGGCUGGAGGUGAACGUUGGCAAACAUGAAUUUGUCCUCCGUGGCCGCGGUGAGAGCAUCAUCUACUGUGGACGGGAGUACAGCCCUGCCCAGAUCUCUGUCCUCAACUGGUCUAUACCUGACCUGGAUAUCGCCUGUCUCAACGGACAGAUAUCUAUCACUUCCAAGAAGGGCUUCAGUGUUUACUGGUGCGAACCAGAGGCCCGUGUUGUUGUGGACCAGAGGCUGCGUGACAAGACUUGUGGUCUGUGUGGUGUUUACAAUGAGAGAACGUCCGAUGAUUUGAUGACCAAGACAAGAGAGAUAACCACUAAUGUAGAAAGAUUUGGAACCUCAUGGGUGGCAAGCACAGACAGGACAUGUGAACCUCCUCCAGAGAGAACUUGUCUGAGCAACCCUCUCUAUGCAAGCCAGGCAGAGGCAGCUUGCAAGAUCCUGAUGAACCAGUACAGUGUGUUUGCACCCUGUCACAGCACUGUGACACCUGACAUGUACUACCAGCAGUGCCUGGAGUCUGUGUGUGGCUGCUGCGAGGAAGGCAACACAGUUGACGAAUGCUCAUGUCAUGUGUUUGAGUCCUAUGCCCGCACAUGUGGCCUCAGCGGUUGUGUCCUGAACUGGAGAUCACCAGUCCGUUGCCCAAUCACCUGUCCUUACCCACAGGUGUACAAGGAAUGUGUGCCUGGCUGCCCGCGCACCUGUGACAACAUGUAUGACGAUCACCUUGCAUGUGACAUACAGUGCACAUCAGGGUGCUUCUGUCCAGACGACAUGGUGCUGCGUGGAGGAAUCUGUGUCAAACCAGAGCAGUGCACAGACUGUUUCUGCUUUGGAUUUGGUGAUCCUCACUACGUCACUUUUGAUGGCGUCUACUACCCAUACCAGGGCAACUGCUCAUACGUUGCUGCCUGUACACCUGAAUUUGAGAUUAUUGUUGACAAUGAGAUUUGCCGUAUGGCUCCUGACACCUCCUGUACCAAGGCUAUCACUGUCAAGUAUGGUGGCAUUGAGAUAACAAUGAUGGAUGGAAUUAGGCUGAAUGUGAAUGGAGUGCCCACAACGCUUCCAUAUGAGCUGAAGGGAAUGCGAGUGAUGCCGGCUGGCUGGCAGCUCAUUCUCACCAUCGAUGAGUUCAACCUGGAGGUGAGGUAUGACGAGAUGAACCACGGCUUUGUCAUCAUGAUGCCACAGACCACAUACAAGGACAGGACCAAGGGAUUGUGUGGUACCUGCAACAAUGAUCCACGCGAUGAGUUCAAGAAGAGGAAUGGUGAGAUUGCCACCAGUGAAGUCAAGUUUGCCUAUGACUGGCGGGUCGCCCCUGCUCCAGGAGAGAAAUGUUGGGAGCCACCGCAGGUGACCGUGCCCACAGCAGAACCUGGGUGUGCUGAGGACAGCGUCUGUGACAUCCUGCUGACUGAUGUCUUCAAGGAUUGUCAUCCAGUGAUCCCAGUGGAGAGCUACUACCUGUCAUGCAAGUUUGAUGUGUGCCAUGGCACUGACAAGUGCAACUCCCUGACAGCCUACGGACAGGUUUGCUCUCGCAAGGGCGUAUGCAUGGACUGGCGCUCAGACUCUCUCUGCCCAUCCAACUGUGUCUAUCCCAAGACAUACAAGAUGUGUGGCCCUGCCAUCCCACGUACCUGUGAGAACUAUAACAACUACGACUCUAUCAUGGCAUCAUGUACCCAGCUGCCAGCAGAGGGCUGCUUCUGUCCUGAUGGCACUGUCUGGAGCAACAACAACUGUGUUGCAGUCUCUGAAUGCCCUGUCUGCACUGAUGACACUGGAGCCGGACGUAAGAUUGGAGACAGCUGGGUGCCCCACAGCACCCCUUGCUCCACAUGUGAGUGUAUGGGUCCAAACAAUGUCCAGUGCACACCAAAGGAAUGUCCAGAAGCCACACGUCCAACAUGCCCAGGAGGUCGCGAACCUACUGAAGUCAGAGAUGCUGAGGGUUGUUGCUCAUCAUGGUCGUGUGACUGCUACUGCAGUGGCUUUAGCUCACGCUUCACCACCUUUGACGGUACCUGCUAUGAUUUCGAUGGCAAGUGCACCUACGUGCUGGCAAGGUCCAGGAACUACGACUUUGAGAUCACCAUUGAUACCAACAAGGCCAUCAAUGUUAACUACAGGUCACAGAGGCUUGCUGUGGGCGGUGCUGACUACCCAUGUGUGACCUCAGGAGGCAACAGAGUUGAUCUGAGACAGAAUCGUCUGUUGAGCUUCGACAAUGAGGCCUAUGCAGGCUACACUGGUGGACAGAUUGUGUUUGCAGUACGUAAUAUUGGCCUGGAGGUGCGUGUCGACCCAGUCUGCAAUACCUUCAGCAUCAAGGUGCCAGCUGCAGCCUACUUUGACCAGACUGAGGGCUUGUGUGGUACAUGCAACAGCAAUGCAGCAGAUGACUUCUCUCUGCGUAACCGCAUAGUGACAUCAUCUGUGACCACAUUCGGCAAUGACUGGCAGGUGAACGUUGAUGAUGCGGACUGCCGCCCACCAGCUGUCCCCACCAGUCCACCUGCAUGUGAGAAUGAACUGACCAGGUCCUGUGAGACCAUCCUGUCUGGUGGCUUCAAGAGCUGCCAUGACUUUGUUAACCCUGAGUCUUACUAUCAGGCUUGUAUCAAUGAGGUUUGUGGCAAGAGUUGGAAGACUGAGGACGGUUGGAGCAAGUGUCCAUCUUGCGCCGCCAUUGCAGCCUAUGCUGCUGAGUGUCGCAAGUGUGGAAGCUGUGUGGACUGGAGAAGGCCAGACUUCUGCCCAUACACAUGUGAGAGUGGGUUCGAGUACAGCCACUGCAGCCAGAUUAACCAGGAGACCUGCGAUGGUAACCUGAUGCCAGCCGACCUCAUCCAGGACACCUACCCAGUGGAGGGCUGCUUCUGUCCCGCUGGAAUGGUUCUCCAGGGCAACACAUGUGUCGUACCUGAGGAAUGUCCUGUGUGCAAAGACAGUUCUGGAAAUGGAAGGAAGAUGGGAGAAGUAUGGAGGGAUGAUGCAGAUAGCUGUAAGAUGUGCCAGUGCACUGCACCAGACUGUGUGGUGUGCUCCUCCCUGCGCCGCGAGCUGCCAGCCCCCAGCUGCCCAGAAGGGACACUGGAGGAAGUACAGCUGGGCUGUAUCACCAAAUACGAGUGCAGGACAAGGCAGUGUGGCCCAUGCUCAGAGCCACAGUCCAUUGAAUGCCAGCCGUUUGAGGAUGUUCAAUCAACACCUAUCGAUGAAUGCUGUAACCAUCUUGAGUGUGUAUGCAACCCUGCAAAUUGUCCAUCUGUGUCCAUCCCAUUCUGUGACACAUGUGAGAAACUGGUGACCAUCAAUGAGGGAAGCUGUUGUCCAGUUAAACAAUGUGUGUGUGACACAGAGGAAUGCCCACCAACUGCUGAGCCUAUGUGUGCUCGUGGAGAAGUGGCCAUCAAGACAGAGGGCAAAUGUUCUUCAAGCUGGUCUUGUGUUUGCAGGAGGGAGACCUGUGCCACCAGUGUUCCAGUCUGUGGAUAUGGAGAGGAAACUGAGUGUGUUGAUCCUGAUGCAUGUUGCCCAGAAUACCGCUGUGUGUGUCGCCCAGAAAAUUGCCCAUCUCUGACAUGUGCUGAAGGAUACAAGCAAGUGAAGGAUAGCUGCUGCUCAUCAUGUGAAUGUGAUGAGAGUCAGUGCACCGUCCCCGAGCCCGUGUCCUGUGACUUCUCCAAGGGCUACACGCUACAGAAGACAGGCAGGAAGCUGCGUGCUCCGGGAGCCGCGGACUGCUGCCCUGAACAUGAGGAACAGAUCUGUGUGUGUGAGCCAUCCACAUGCAGCCCUGUUGAGCGGCCUACUUGCACUGGAUACCAGAUGUGUGUGCAGACCAACGCUGGGGAAUGUUGCCCAGAGUACAGCUGUGUGUGUGACAAGAACAAGUGCCCCGACCAGCGAGAAUGCCGAUCAUACGAAACUCGCGUGGAAGUUGGCUUCUUUGAUCCUGAUACGUGCUGCUGCCCCAAGUUCGAGUGCAGAACAUCUGGCUGUGUUGACUCUGAGGACAACAGGCUUCCUGUUGGACACAUGUACACCCCAUCCGAUGCACCUUGCUCCAUCUGUGAAUGCAUGUCAGAUGGAAACAUCCGGUGCCGUCCAAAGAACUGCCCUGUUGCGGAGGUCCCAGCAUGCCCUGCAGGACAAGAGGCAGUGUCUAUCCCCAGUGCCGAUGGUUGCUGCAAGGAAUGGAUCUGUGAUGACAAGGUGUGUCAUGUUGCUGUUGUGGAGCCUGCCUUCUUGGAGGUUGGAAACUGCCGCAGCAUGAUGGCCGUGAAUGUGACUAAGUGUGAGGGCAAGUGCACAUCCCAGUCACUCUACUCAGCUGCGGCCAACAACUAUGAGAAGCAGUGCUCUUGCUGCUCUGCUGUUCAGACAACUCGCCGUGCUGUAGAGAUGGUUUGCAGUGAUGGCAGUAACAAGACCCACUACAUGGACAUCGUGAUCAACUGUGGUUGUAACGCCUCCCAGUGUGAGCCUUCUUCAGCCGAGCCCGGCAUGUAACCUCCAACAGCACCCAACAUACACAAUGAUGAAUGACGACCAGGAACGAUUACGAAUUUAACCAAUGUACAACUUCAUUCUUUCGAGCGUUUGUUAAUACCACCAAGCAAGGCGUCAUGAUUAAAGGAUGAUGUUGUAAUUUAGUAUAGAUUCCCACCAACUGUAGAUAUAAGUAAGACAUGUUAGCUAGAGAUGAAUCAGUGUGACAGCAUCAUAGAUGAUGCUUCUGGACCGAUCAUGUGAUGUGCCUUAAAACAUCGUUUGAUUUCAUGAGACGGAUGUGAUGUUGGUGAGGAAUUAAAGAAAAGCAAACCCCA